AUGACCUUACAAAAUCCUCACGGCACACACGGGUUCGGGCGGCAGCUGCCGACAGUCGGGGUCAACUUGUUAUGGCAAUUUAGAUUGCGUACCGUCUCGCUUCUUCUGACGCGAACGAGAGAGACGCAGCGAUACGCGUCGGCCGCUAUCACCGGUCGUGCCGUUCGCGUCGGGCACAAAUCGGCUCCCAAGUUAGUACGCCGCGUCACUCACUCCAAAAUGGACGUCCGGAUGGUAACGCUAGAUCCAAAGGCGAUCAAAGACUUAUUAAGAAUGUACAGAGAAGCCCCUUGUCUCUGGGACCAAACUGAUCUACUUUAUAUGAACAAAGAAGCACGAAAAGAAGCUUUUGAGGCGAUAUUAAAAAAAAUGAAAACGUAUCACGAAGACAUAACACUGGAUAUUGUCAAGAGGAAGCUAGAAAACAUGAGAGCCACGUACAAGAGGGAAGUAAGGAGGAUGAUGGCGGCCAGACAGAGGGGCGAAGAUGGAUACCGUACCACGCUUUGGUACUUUGAUCUCAUGGCGUUCAUUGAUGGUGGAAGUGUAACUAAUGUCCAAUCGUCCAGGACCACGGAUGAUAAUGACGACGAAGAAAAUGAAGAAGACGAAGACCAGGACAAUGAUGACACUCACACCGAAACGGAAUACCCAUAUUACGCCGAAUACUUAGAAGACGAACCAAAACCAAAGAAAUCAAGAAAAUCCCACAGUAUCGUAACAAAAAAAGUAAAGAAAGAGGAUACACAACCAAGCAUAUCCGGCGUUUUCUUAACCAAUCCCGAGCACGAAGAACCAGUAUUGUUCAAUGAGAACAGCGAAGCGGUGGCAUUUGGCAAAGCACUUGGUUAUCAACUUAAAGAAAUAGAAGGCAUACAAAGAGCCAUAGCAGAGAAAUUGAUAUCGGACGUGAUAUUCAACGCUAGGCUAAACAAAUUGACAACCAAUUCCACGAUACAAUUGAAUUCUGAUUUUACUAAUCUUUAGCAGCAAAUUAAUAGAUUCGGUUAAUAAGA